AUGAUCCUUGCUACUCUAAUUCGAAACAUCAUUCUGGGCCUUGUCAUUGCAAGUAUCUAUAAUCUGAAAGAUAAAACCGGUAGCUUCUACGAGCAUGGAUCUAUUCUCUAUUUCGCCGUUUUGUUGAAUGCCUUCGCUAGCGCACUCGAAAUCUUAAUCAUGUGGCAGCAGCGUCCAAUCGUGGAGAAGCAUGUCAACCCAGGUUAUGACACCAGCUUCGAUUUUCAUGAUGAAAAGAGCGUCGUAGCAGGCCAAGACUUUAUUGAGGGAGACGCAUACCUCGAUACAACCUUUCCAUACUACGAGUCUCACCUAUGGCGAUUUUUCGGUAUCCUCUGCAUUCUCUUCUUUGCGUUACUCUUCAUGUACAUUGUUUCCAGUGAGUACAUCCGAGCUAAGCCUUCCAGAGGGGAGAUCCUCGUAUUUCACGCGGCAAAAUCCCAGCAUUUGCCAAAAGUCGUCAGAAAGGAUGGCCCAGAGGCGGCUGUUAUGCCAGAGAAGUCUGCAGUGGCCGGUAAAGCACAAGACCGGACUGCUGUUAUCGUUCACCAGGCUCCAAUCUUCCACUGGGAUGAUGUGUGCUAUGGUAUAAAGAUCAAGGGCACUCCAAGGCGCAUCGUCGGCUGCGUCCAUAGCCGGGUAAAGCCUGGAACAUUGACGGCCCUGAUGGGUGUGACAGGUGCUGGAAAUAUAUCCUUGCUUGACCUUUAG